CUCACCUGGCAGGUGGCUGCCCUUCUCACAAAGGAUGAAACCAAUCCCAGAGAGGUCGGGGCAGUUUCCCCGGGGCUGCACAGCUGGCAGGGGCGGAGCUGGGAUUCAGGUGGAACCCAGCCACCCUCUGAGGAAGUAGGUUUAGGACACCCAAAUCUCCAGAUGAGGAAAAGGCCAAAGAAGGGAAGGAGUUGCCUGAAGUCUAUCUGUAAGUGGCUGCCCCUGGCUGGAUUCAAACUCAGGUCACCCUCCCAGUGCAGCCUUAAGCUCAUCAGACCACGGCUCUCUAGGGGAAGCACCCUCCCUCUGCGCUGGCGCUCAGCGCCCAUUAGCUGGAGGGGAGCAGGUGAGGGACCUGGGUCUCCAUGAAUAAUUGAGGGUCUCAGGCAGGUGGCUGCCCAGCAGCUGUCACCCCAGCACGGGCGUGGAGGGGGCGGCGGUGAUGUCACCUCCUCCCCUGCGGGCCACGGGGACGGGUUAUAAGGAGCUGCCACGCCGUCCUGCGCAGCGCCAAGCACCCUGGUCCGGUCGCCCCACCAUGCAGAGCCGUGGGCCCGCCUCCGUGCUGUGGUUGCUGCCGCUGCCCCUGUUGCUGGCGCUGCUGCUGGGGGCAGCCACCACUGCUCCCUUGGCGCCAAGACCCUCCAGGGAAGAGCUGACCCGCUGUCUGGCAGAGGUGGUCACAGAAGUGCUGACGCUGGGCCAGGCCCAGAGAAGCCCCUGCACAGCUCUCUUCCACAGAGAGAUGUGUGAGACAGAGCCCUACGGCUGUGUGUCCACCAAAGAGAAGGGCCUACUGGUUGGGGAUUUCAAGCAGCAGGAGGCUGGGAAGAUGAGGGCCAGCCAGGAAGUGAGGGAUGAGGAAGAGGAGGCAGCGGAGAGGGCCCACAAGGCUGAGGGGCGGGAGCAGACCCUCCGCGAGCAGCUCCACAGCCGGCUCCGCCAGGAGGAGGAGGAAGAGGAGGAGGAGGAAGAGGAGGAGGAGGAAGAGGAGGAGGAGGAAGAGGAGGAGGAGAAGAGGAAGAAGAGGGGGCCCGUGGAACCCUUUGAAGGCCUGUGGAAGUGGCGCCUAGAGGGUGGAGGGGGCCCCCACAAGCGAGUGGCUGAGCAAGCCAGUGACGAGGAGACAGCCCAGUUUGAGGCCGAGGAGAAGGGGGUGCAGGUGCUGGGCGGGGGCCGCCAUCUGUGGCAGGGGGCCGAGGCAGGCGGAGGGGAGAGGCGCCAGGACUCGCCGCGCCACCACCGCCUCCACCAGCCAGAAGCCGAGUCCAAGCAGGAGGAGAAGGAAGAGGCUUCGGAGAGGGAGGAGCACGACCUGGAACGACUGGAGCACGUGAGAGAGGAGCUAAAGAAGGCGACGGAGAUUCUGGGGGAGGAGAUCGGGAGGGAGGGAUGACCCCCACCUCCUGUCCUCUUUCCUAAUACACCGUAUGGCUUAGGACUGUUGACCCCCCUAAAGCUCACCUAACACCCCACUCCAUUCCCCAGACUUCAGGAACGGGGGGACGGGUGGGCCACACAACCAAGCCCAAGGGGCCAAGUCUGAGCUGGGUAGACGGGCUGGGCUCCAGCUGGUUCAGGAAAGACCCGGCCACCCACUGCAACC